AAGAAAAUGCUGAAGAGGUUGAGCAAAGGACUGUGGAACUAUCGCAGCAUGUGCUUGAUUGUCCUUGUGCCGCUGCUGCUUCUUCCUCUUCCAGUUGCUGUCAGGACUAAGGAGGCAGAAUGUGCAUUUGUGUUGCUGUUGAUGGCGUCAUACUGGGUGACAGAGGUGAUUCCUCUGUCCAUGACCGCCAUGCUCCCCGCCGUCCUCUUCCCCACAUUUGGCAUCAUGAAGUCCUCGAACGUGGCGAAGGAGUACUUUAAAGACUUCCACUUCUUGCUGGUGGGAGUCAUCUGCCUUGCAACAUCCAUCGAGAAGUGGGGUCUCCACCGCAGAAUCGCCCUGAGGCUCGUCACCAUGGUGGGAGUCAACCCUGCAUGGUUGAUGUUGGGCUUCAUGUCCGGCUGUGCCUUCCUCUCCAUGUGGGUCCAAAACACCUCGGCUGUUACAAUGGUGAUGCCCAUCGUGGAGGCCGUUCUCCAGCAGAUCCUGAAGGCCAAGGAGGGGGGAUGUGUCGGCAAAGACAACCCCAACCUACAGCUGGAUGAAACUGACGGCCAUAUUGAGAAGAUGAAAGAAAUUGUGAGUGAAAAGAAGCAUCCAGACGGUCCUGAGGAAACCUUCACCUGUGUUCAGAUACAGCCUGUGUCACAACCCGCUGCAGCUCAGGCUGCAGUGUGCAUGCCUGCAGAUCCCAGCAGGAGUCAACGGGACCGUAUGAUGUGUAAAGCCAUGUGUAUUGGCAUCGCCUACUCCUCCAACAUUGGCGGCAUCACCACGCUGCCAGGAACCUCGCCCAACCUCAUCUUCUCCGAGUACCUCAACCAGAUUUACCCAGACUGCAACUGCAUUAACUUCGGGAACUGGCUCUUGUUGUGCCUGCCCAUCAGCGUCAUCAUGCUGCUGCUGACAUGGAUAUGGCUGUACUGGCUGUUCAUUGGCUCAGACUUCAGGUUCCUGUGGCGAUGUGGAGGAGAGGAGUCUGAACAAGAGAAGGCAGCAAGAAAAGUGUUAGAAGACGAGUACAAGUCUCUGGGACCUAUGAGUUCUCAGGAGAUCUUCACUGGAGUGGUUUUCCUGGUGAUGGUGUUGUUGUGGUUAACCAGAUCUCCAGGUUUCAUGCCAGGCUGGGCUUCUCUCUUCCCUCAUCACUCAGGCUACAUCACCGACGCGACCGUGGCUCUGCUGCUCGGUCUCCUCUUCUUCAUGGUGCCUGCUUACGGACCCUCCAGAAAAUAUGAGUCCAUGAUCUCCUGGAAGGAGUUCCAGGCCUCGAUGCCGUGGAAAGUGGCCCUGCUGGUCGGUGGAGGCUUCGCACUUGCUGAAGGCACAAAGGAAUCAGGCCUGUCUUUGUGGGUGGCUGAGCUGCUGACACCUCUGGGUGAUCUGCCAGUCUUGGCCACCAUCACCAUUGCCUGCAUCAUCGUCACCACAGUAACAGAGGUGGCCAGCAACGCCGCCACCAUCACCAUCUUCCUGCCCAUCCUCUCUCCUCUGGCUGAGGCUAUCCACGUCAACCCGCUGUACGUCCUGAUCCCCACCACCCUGUGCACAUCCUUCUCCUUCCUGCUGCCAGUGUCCAACCCCCCCAACGCUGUGGUGUUUGCCUACGGACACAUCAACAUCAUGGACAUGAUGAAGGCGGGGCUUGGUGUUAAUGUGAUUGGCGUCGCUGCUGUCCUGUUGGCCGUGGCGACGUGGGGAGUUCCAUUGUUCUCGCUGAAUACGUACCCUGACUGGGCGCCGGUCCUUCCCAGUUUUAACUCCACAACACCUUGA